GAGAGCCUAACGAGGAAUUACACAAACUGCCUCAUCUUCCUUGGCUGACCCUGACUGGGAACAUCUUGCAAAAGAUCCCCAAGUCAGUUUGGAUGACAACCAGAGGAUUCACAUUCGCAUGAUCAGCAGCAAGAAUGAAGCUGCAGCAUCCUUUGGUACGUGUGACCAUCUUUUAGUGGAUUUUUACAGUUGAGGAGAAAAUAACUCCAGCGGACGUCGCCAUGGAGGACGGGGAGCUGGUAGGAAUGGGACUUCGCAUCUCGGUGUCCCCUCUCCAAAUAGCCAUGUACAUCAUACUAGUGCUGCUGGGCAUCCUGGGUAAUACCACCGUGAUCGGGGUGAUCAGUAGAAGCGUGUUCAUGGAACGCGGCCGGGGACAGAACUCGGACAUCAUCAUCAUCAACAUGGCCUUGUCCAAUUUGUUGGUGUCGGUCAUGAGGAACACACUGCUGGUCAUCUCAGACAUUGGACUGGAGCUGUAUUCCUCAAAGGAGUGGUGUCAGUUUCUCAUGGGUGUGUGGGUGUGGCUGCGCUCGGUCAACGUGUGGUCAACACUCUUCCUCAGUGCCUUCCACCUUCAGACUUUAAGACGAGUGGCUCCCAAUAUUAGUACCCUUCGUACACCCCGAGGGGUUCCUAAUACCCUUCUACUCAAUCUGGCCUUCAUCUGGUUUCUCAAUUUUUUAUAUUCCAUUCCUGCAUAUAUCUUCUCCACGAAUGGAAACGUGAACACCACAGAGACACUGAUGCUUGUGAGCAGCACAACACGCCCUUUGCUGGGAUGCGUGUGGAACUUCCCCUAUUCCUUCAGCGGCUUGUCAUACGCCACCACCUCCAUGGUGAUCCACGAGACGAUUCCAAUCAUCCUGAUGGUCUUUACCAAUGUGGGCUCGCUGUACACACUCUACACGCACGGCAGGACAUCCGUGAAAGGCGCACCCGUCAUGAAAAGGGUGCCAGCUGAGAGACGAGCAGCCAAGGUGAUUCUUGCCCUCAUCAUGCUCUUCAUCGUGUCAUGGGGCACCAGCAUCAUCUCCGUCAACUACUUCAAUUACAACCGUGGCACCUCGGCAGAUUUUCUGCUGGUCAUCGCUCGUUUCGCCAACAUCAUCUUCAUCGCCAUGUCACCCAUGGUUCUGGCAGUGGGCCACCGCCGACUCCGCUCUUUCAUUAAAUCUUUUCUCUCUCACUGAAGGGCUGCUGGCAAAGCACAAGGACCCACCGUAGCCAUUCACUGGACACUUCAUUAGGCACAUAUUAUGAGAUACAAUUCAAGUUAUAGUUUUUUUAAAAAAAUCAGACCCAUUUUUGAGCUUUACUGUGAUUGUUGUUGUCGCUGGUGGCCGCAGUGAAAUCUAAGGGUUAGCACAUUUGUCUCACAGCUCUGAGGUUCCAGUCUGAACCUCAUCUUACUAGGCCUCAUUGUAUAAAGUGUGUGUUCUCUCUGUGUUUACUUGUGUUUUCUAUCAGGACUGCCGUUUCCUCACACAUUUUAAAUGGGUACAUUGAAGACUAAAUUGCGCAUUGAUGUGUAUGAGAGAAAAUUGGGUUUUUCAGCCAUUUUUGUGAACCACCACAAUCUAACAAAUAACAGUAAUAAUCAUAAUCAUAUAAGCCCAAUUCUACACGUUACAGUAUUACAUCUCAGACAAGAGGGAUCAAGCAUUUGUACUCACAUUCAGAACAAUGGACAAAUUGGAGGAUUCUUUUUGCACUACAUUUUUCAAAUAUGGCGAGAAGCUGAAAUAACGACAGAAAACUUUCACAGAAGGGUCUGAUCCGAGAUUCAAGCCCGGAGCCUCUCGACUAUGAGCAGACAUGCCAACAACGACGCAACUGUGCUGCCAUUUGUAAAAUCAAUCUGUGUAAAAUAACACUUCAAACA